AUGGCUGCCGAACUCAUACUUCUGACCGGGAGCUCAGGCCAUAUUGGUUAUCGUACCCUGGUCGAGGCACUUUCCAAAGGCUACAGAGUUCGGGCUGCGGUUCGCUCUGAAAGCAAAGUUGCUGAGAUCAAGGCUGCUAAGUCCACACAACCAUACCUUGGGCAACUUUCGUUCGUCAUUGUGCCCAACAUCGAGAAGGACGGUGCUUUUGACGAGGCUGUCAAGGGAGUGGACUACAUUGUCCACCUUGCAUCACCUCUGGCGCGACCUUCCGACGACGACGAGGCCAACAUCAUUCAACCUGCCAUCAGGGGUACGCUGAGCAUUCUCCGGUCGGCUCUGAAAGAGCCAGCGAUCAAACGAGUCGUCAUCACCUCCUCCGUGGCGGCGGUGUCACCUCCAGACUCGCGAGUGUACACGGCCGAUAACGUCGAGCCAGAUCCCGAGGGACCAUAUCCUCACACCUUCGCAGCCUACGUGGCCAGCAAGAAACUCGCCUAUAACCGCACCCGAGAUUUCAUCAGCCAAGACAAUCCCCAUUUCUCUGUGAUCAACAUCAUGCCUACCUUUGUCAUUGGCAAGAACGAGCUUGCGACCACUCCAGCCGCCGUCAACGCUGGCUCGAAUGCCAUUGCGCUCGUUCCGCUUUUGGGAAUGCACAAUCCGAAUGGAAUGCCGGGAGCCACAUGUCACGUUGACGACGUUGCCUAUGUGCAUAUUGCCUCAUUAGAUCCUAAGGUCCAAGGAAACCACAACUUUGGGGUCAACUACGACGUGAACGGCGUCAAGUGGGACGAUGCCAUCGACAUUGUCAAGACGCAUUUCACCGCGGCUGUGGAGAAAGGCGUGAUCCCUCUCGGUGGCAGCCAGUCUUCAUUGCCCAUGCCAUUUGACGCAAGCAAGACCGAAGAGGCUUUAGGCAUCAAGUUUAAGGAUUUUGAGGAACAGAUUGUGAGCCUUGCGAGCCAUUACAUUGAGGUAGCUGGAGCAGCUUGA